GUUUUGUUUCUUUUAAGUUCUGAUUUCCUGUUCUUUGUUUUUCUUUGUUUCACAGGUAACUUAAUAGAAAAAAGGAUCAAUUUUUCUGACGGCAUGAUUCACUAUACUGUUUUCCGUUUAUAUUAUUAUAAGGCGGGUGAUUUCAGCUCUUCCAUCGGAUAACAUGAACAAUGUUUCCGGCGAUCGCAUUGACGACGGCCUUUCCACCGCCGUCGCAGUCCCUGCCUCUACAACCGUACAAAAUCGCCUCCCACUGAUCGUCCCGUCCGCGUCUACGCCGAUGGGAUCUACGAUCUUUUCCACUUUGGUCACGCUCGAUCUCUCGAACAGGCUAAGAAACCGGAAAGAGUUUUUGUGUGGUAACCACAUCUUCUUUCUCUCGGAUUCUCUGUCUUUAUUCCACAUCAAGAUGGUAACGCCAACUACAAGAAUGGUUGAUCUCCGGUCCGACACGGUGACUAAGCCAACUGAGUCAAUACGUUCAGCGAUGGCAAACGCGAAAGGACGACGUUUUGGGGAACGAUCCAACUGCCGUGCGCUUGGAGAGAGAGGCCUCGGUGGAGUACAUCCUAGGACGGUGAAGAACGAAGAAGACGAGACUAUGGAGAUUGGUUCUCUUGAAGCUGCGGUGAGGAGUCCCAAAGGAGAUCUUCAUUAUCCGCUUACUAAGCUUAUAUGUCUUGAGAACACUCAAGCAAAUUGUGGAGGUAGAUGCUUGCCUAUAGAGUAUAUUGACAAAGUUGGAGAAUUGGCCAAGAAACAUGGCUUGAAGCUUCACAUCGACGGAGCUCGGAUCUUCAACGCUUCUACUGCACUCCAAGUACCGAUGAAGAGGAUUGUUCGAGCCGCAGAUUCAGUCUCGGCAAGGUGGUUAAGGAAAACAUUAGGCGGAGGAAUGAGUCAGAUCGGUGUGCUCUGCGGCGCGGCAUUGGUGGCUCUACAUGAAAACGUCGCCAAGCUUGACCACAAGAAAGCCAAGAUCUUGACAGAAGGACUGAACCAGAUUGAACGGUUAAGAACGUUGCGGUAGUGGAAACGAACAUCUAUACUCCUAGAAAGAAGAAUAGUUAUAAUAAUCAUCAAAAAUCAGGCACGAUGAUGACACAAACUUGGAAGCCUGUUUUUGGUUGAAUUGCAACGUCGGUGACACCGCCGAUAAGGACGAACAUGGCUCCAAAGAAAUUAGUCAUGUGUCCUGCUCUUGCUAUUUGAUUUUGUGAUGAAUACUUCAUGAUUAAGAUGAUCAAUCUUAUGUUUUUUUUUCUGGGUUGAACGCUCCAGUUCAAUUCACCAUCUCCAACGAAACUUUUUGAAUUUUAGGUUUUGUUUUCAUGAAUCAAAAUGUGAAUGUGUGCUAUACGUAAAAAAAAAAAAUACAAAUGUGAAUGUGUGUAGGAAUCUGAACGCUUAAUUUUUCUAGCUUAAUGACUUUCAUUUUUUGAAUUUAUAAUGGAGUUUAAAAUUGUUGCUUUAGCUGUU